AAUCUCUCUCGAUCCGUCUGCAAAUUCGGUCACAGCAGAAAGAGAGAGAGAGAUGAGAGAGAUCAUCAGCGUACAUAUCGGCCAGGCCGGAAUUCAGGUCGGCAAUGCCUGCUGGGAGCUCUAUUGCCUUGAGCAUGGCAUUCAACCCGACGGCAUGAUGCCUAGUGACACAUCAGUUGGUAUUGCAAAUGAUUCUUUCAACACCUUCUUUAGUGAAACUGGUUCAGGCAAACAUGUGCCUAGAGCUGUAUUUGUUGAUCUUGAGCCUACUGUUGUGGAUGAAGUGAGAAGUGGGGCAUACAGGCAACUGUUUCAUCCCGAGCAACUUAUAUCUGGUAAGGAGGAUGCAGCCAACAACUUUGCGAGAGGACAUUAUACAGUGGGGAGAGAUAUCGUUGAUCUGUGCCUUGAUAGAGUGAGAAAAUUAGCUGACAAUUGCACUGGUUUGCAAGGAUUCCUGGUCUUUAAUGCUGUUGGUGGUGGCACAGGUUCUGGUUUAGGAUCCCUGCUUCUGGAGCGUUUGUCUGUAGAUUAUGGAAAGAAAUCAAAACUCGGAUUUACCAUAUAUCCAUCUCCUCAGGUAUCAACUGCCGUUGUUGAGCCAUACAACAGCGUCUUAUCUACUCAUUCCCUCCUAGAACACACAGAUGUUGUUGUGCUUUUGGACAAUGAAGCAAUAUACGACAUAUGCAGGAGAGCCCUAGACAUUGAAAGGCCAACUUACACAAACCUGAACCGCUUAAUUUCUCAAAUCAUCUCAUCUUUGACAACUUCUUUGAGGUUUGAUGGAGCCAUUAAUGUUGACAUCACCGAGUUCCAAACUAACCUUGUACCUUAUCCACGAAUCCAUUUCAUGCUUUCUUCUUAUGCUCCUGUUAUCUCGUCUGCCAAGGCUUAUCACGAACAGUUGUCUGUUCCUGAGAUUACGAAUGCUGUUUUUGAACCAUCAAGCAUGAUGGCAAAGUGUGAUCCAAGACAUGGGAAAUACAUGGCAUGUUGUUUGAUGUACCGUGGAGAUGUUGUCCCAAAGGAUGUCAAUGCCGCUGUUGCUACCAUUAAGACAAAGAGGACUGUUCAGUUUGUUGAUUGGUGCCCUACGGGUUUCAAGUGUGGCAUCAACUAUCAGCCACCGACAGUGGUUCCUGGAGGUGACCUUGCCCGUGUGCAGCGUGCAGUGUGCAUGAUCAGCAACAACACUGCUGUGGCUGAGGUCUUCUCCUGAAUUGACCACAAAUUCGACCUAAUGUAUGCCAAGCGUGCCUUUGUCCAUUGGUAUGUGGGUGAGGGUAUGGAGGAAGGCGAGUUCUCAGAAGCCCGUGAAGAUCUUGCUGCCCUUGAGAAGGACUACGAGGAAGUUGGAGCAGAGGGUGUCGAUGAAGAAGAAGAAGGGGAAGACUACUAAAGUAUUGCAAGUCGAGGACAGUGACAACAAAUCUGUCUUGUCUAUUGUACCAUGUUGCAAAUUAUUACUCGGUAUAUCCUUGUAUUCAUACUUGUAUUCUUGUGUGUUCCAGUAGUCAAUUUGAAUUACCAUGAUGGUCCGCAUUAGUAAUUAAAUCACUUUAUGAAUGCUUCUUCGUCUCUUU